AUGCAGAAUUACCUCGUACGCUGGGUCAACGUGAAGCAGGAGCACACCAUCUCCUGGACCGUUCAGCCUCACAAGAAGUCGAUCAACUUUGGCUUGUUCAAACAUCCAGGGCCACAGUCGAACGUACAUUCCGGCGUUCCCUCGAUACCACCGCCCUCACCCAACCCGUCAGCGAUUGACGACGAUAGAUGCGACACCAGCUCUACUGCGAUCGAGAAAUUGACCAGUAUUGGUCUCAAACAAAUACGAUGGGUGGGCAAGUGCGAAGCCGACAAGGCAACCCAAGGCAAGCAUGAUGUGAGGCUAGGAGAAGGCGGCAACUAUGCUCUGGUCUUCGACAACACAUUCUCCAAGAAUACGUCCAAGACAGCAACCAUCUUUGUAUUGACUUAUCCCACGGCAUGUCAAUCACAAAUCCAAUUUGGAGCUCAGACCCAGCAUGCUCCAGCAAUGGCCUCGGCCAUGGCCAUCGCUUCGGCAUCUUCCCAGAUGUUCAAGAGGAGCCCGAAGCUGAAAGCCAAAGACAAGGCAUCGGAGGACUCACUGAGACAAUCGUCCCUUGGCCAGUCAGGCGGUGGGAGCAUUGCUCUUGCUCUAGAUGGUCUCAAACUGGGGGAGGAUCCUGCCACCAUUCACACGGGAGUUUUACACAAGCGCCGACGAAAGAAGCACCAGGGAUACGCGCGGAGGUUCUUUUGCUUGGACCUGACUACAUCCACGUUGUCCUACUACCAUGACCGGAGCUCUUCGGCACUUCGAGGUGCAAUUCCUCUGUCGCUGGCAGCCAUUGCGGCCAAUGCCAAGUCACGUGAAUUUACAAUUGACUCCGGCGCCGAGAUUUGGCAUCUGAAGGCGAGCAAUGGAGGAGACUUCGAAGAAUGGAAAACAGCACUAGCAGCGGCUGUGCGGCUGGUGAAAGACUCCACCACUCCUGGCGACAACCUCAACGUCAACACGGGCGAUGCCGGCGCCGGCGAGAGUGCAAACUCGGUUGACGACCAGGAAUGGGCGAGGCUGGAGACACUACUGAGUCGAAUCUCAGGAACACGAGAUGCCGUGCGUAGGCUUUGCUUGGAGACGCUGGCUCGUCCGGUAUCACCUCCGUCACCCCGCCUGGGCGCUACAUCUGCGGGCUCGACCCCAACCGAUGGUCCGACCGAGGAUUAUUUCAAACAAGACGACAGGCGACCGUUCUGGAAACGAAAGGCCAGCACCAACAGCAGUCAGACCAACAUUUUUAAGCGGAGUGUUUCUGCUCAACUGGCAGUCCCAACCUCUGGGGUGGAACCGGGUCCACGCAACGGAUAUACGUCUCCUUCAGUGGCCCAGCGGCCUCACGUCGCUCGCGAAGAAAGCAUGCAUGAUCACUGUAGAGCGGUGCUUCACGAUCUCGACGCCGUGGUCAGCGAGUUUUCAACUUUCGUAACGGAGCACAAGAUCCGACGGUCGGCCCCACCUAAGUCGGCGGUUUCUCGACUGAGUCUUCAGUCGGUGGAUUCCCAAGAAUACUUUGACGCGGAAGACCGGUCUCGGGUGUUUGACAUCCACAGCGACACUGAGCAGGAGGGCUCUGACGAGGGCGGUGCCGCGGACGAAUAUUCCGUUACAAGCAGCGACAUUGGCGAUGACAACUUGGAUGUGAUCAGGAGACGAUCUGGCAGUGUAUCGAUGUUUCUGCCGCCUAAGUCCAAGUCACUGGUACCCUUGCCACUGUCUCCGGUUCCCAGAAGGCGGUCUAUCCUGGCCCCGACCAUCAUGCCUCCGAGCCUGAUAGGUUUCCUUCGGAAAAACGUGGGCAAAGAUUUGUCCACCAUUUCGAUGCCGGUGUCUGCAAAUGAACCGUUGUCGCUUCUGCAGCGAGCGGCAGAGCAGCUGGAAUACUCGCAGCUUUUGGACCAUGCUGUCCAGUGUUCGGAUGUAUUUGAGCGACUCAUGUAUGUCACGGCGUUUGCUGUAUCGUCACUAUCCAAUUCACGCGUCAAGGAGCGGGCGAUCCGCAAACCUUUCAAUCCUAUGCUAGGAGAAACAUAUGAGCUUGUGCGAGAAGACCGGGGAUUCCGCUUUAUCGCGGAGAAGGUGUCGCACCACCCGGUGCAGCUUGCAUUCCAUGCCGAGUCCCCGCAUUGGAUCUUUACUCAAUCACCCUUGCCGUCGCAGAAGUUCUGGGGUAAAUCAUCCGAAAUUAUCAUGGAAGGCAAAGCGCGGUUGGUGCUGCACUCGACGGGCGAAGUGUAUAGUUGGUCAGCGGCGACAUGCUUCCUACGGAACAUUAUCGCCGGGGAAAAGUAUGUGGAACCGGCAGGGACCAUGACCGUUGUCAACGAGACGUCAGGACACAAGGCUGUGGUGACAUUCAAGGCUAAAGGAAUGUUUUCUGGACGCAGUGAGGAAGUGGAGGUUCACACAAUUGACAACAACGGGCAAGAAUUGUCGAUCGGUCUGACGGGGACGUGGACGAAUUCGCUUCAGAUGAAGGAACCGGGCAAGGUUGAACGAUCCACAAUCUGGACAGUGGGGCCAUUGGUCGAUGAUGCUCCGAAACACUACGGGAUGACACUGUUUGCUGCGGAAUUGAACGAGAUUACACCGAUUGAAAGGGCCAAGCUGCCUCCAACGGACAGUCGGCUUCGACCCGAUCAGCAAGCGUUGGAGCAGGGGGAUCAUGCCAGAGCCGAGAAGCUUAAGAACCGGUUGGAGGAAGAGCAACGAGCACGGCGGCGAGAGAUGGAGGCCAGAGGGGAAACCUGGAACGCGCGCUGGUUUUCUAAGAUCGAAUUAGGAGACGAAACUGUGUGGAAGCUGAAGACGGGCCGGGAAGGAUACUGGGAGGAACGAGUACGGGGUGAAUGGACGGGGGUGGUACCGGUGCUUGAGGCGGAGCAGGACAGAGGGUAG